AUUGGAUCCAAAUUUUGACAGCUGUCAGCUGAUCGGAUUGUGAACAGCACUGAGAGGAGGUCUUCAAUUCGCCAUACAGGUAAUGCUAGUGUUGAACCUUCUACAGUUACGCCAAUGGGUGGUCGGAAAGCAGAAGACACACGUACACCUAGGAGGUUUUCAAUUUGCUGCACAAAUAGUGUUAGUGUUGAACCUUCUACAGUUACGCCAAAGGUUGGUCAGAAAGCAGAGGACACAAGCACACGCAGCAGGUCUUCAAUUCACCGUACAAGUAAUGCUAGUGUUGACCCUACAACAGUUACGCCAAUGGGUGGUCAGAAAGCAGAAGAUACAACUACACCUAGGUCUUCAGAUGGUCGCAUAAGUAAUGCUAGUGUUGAACCUUCUACAGUUAUGCCAAUGGGUGAUCAGAAAGCAGGAGACACAACUACACCUAGGUCUUCAAUUUGCCGCACGAGUAAUGCUAGUGUUGAACCUUCUAAAGUUACCUCAAUGGGUGGUCAAAAAGCAGAAGACACAAGUAUACCUAGGUAUUCAAUUCGUCGCACAAGUCACGCCAGUGUUGAACCUUUUACAGUUACGCCAAUGGGUGGUUCGAAACUAGGAAUGCCACUAAUUGACUCAAAUGAAAUGUCAGAAGACAAUCCAUUCAAGACAUUGAUGGACACAAGUACAUCUAGGUCUUCAAUUACCCGCACAAGUAAUACCAGUGAGGGACCUUCUACAGUUACACCAAUGGGUGAUCAAAGAGCAGUAAACACAAGUACACCUAGGUCUUCAAUUCGCCGCACAAGUCAUGCCAAUAUUGAACCUUCUACAGUUACGCCAGUGGGUGGUCAAAAACCAAAAAAGUCACUGAUUGAGUCAAAUGAGAUAUCAGAAGACAACCCAUUCAACACAUUGAUGGACUCAAGUACAGCAAAGUCUUCAAUUCAUCACACAGGUAAUGCUAGUGAUGAACCUUCUACAGUUACGCCAGUGAGUGGUCAGAAAGCUGAAGACACAAGUACACCUAGGAGGUCUUCAAUUCGCCGCACGAGUAAUGCUAGUGUUGAACCUUCUACUGUUACGCCAAUGGAUGGUCAGAAAGCAGAAGACGCAAGUACACGUAGGAGGUCUUCAAUUCGCCGCACGAGUAAUGCUAGUGUUGAACCUUCUACUGUUACGCCAAUGGAUGGUCAGAAAGCAGAAGACGCAAGUACACGUAGGACUUCAAUUCCUUUGUCAAAUGAGAUAUCAGAAGACAACCCAUUCAACACAAUGAUGGACACAAGUAUAUCUAGGAGGUCUUCAAUUCGCCGCACAAGUAAUGCUAGUGUUGAACCUUCUACAGUUACGCCAAUGAGUGGUCAGAAAGCAGGAGACACAAGUACACGUAGGAGGUCUUCAGUUCGCCGCACAAGUAAUGCUAGUGUUGAACCUUCUACAGUUACGCCAAUGGGUGGUCACAAAGCAGGAGACACAAGUACACGUAGGAGGUCUUCAGUUCGCCGCACAAGUAAUGCUAGUGUUGAACCUUUUACAGUUACGCCAAUGGGUGGUCAGAAAGCAGGAGACACAAGUACACGUAGGAGGUCUUCAAUUCGCCGCACAAGUAAUGAGAGUGUUGAACCUUCUACAGUAACGCCAAUGGAUGGUCAGAAAGCAGAAGACACAAGUAUACGUAGGAGGUCUUCAGUUCGCCGCACAAGUAAUGCUAGUGUUGAACCUUCUACAGUUACGCCAGUGGGUGGUCAGAAAGCAGGAGACACAAGUACACGUAGGAGGUCUUCAGUUCGCCGCACAAGUAAUGCUAGUGUUGAACCUUCUACAGUUACGCCAAUGGGUGGUCAGAAAGCAGGAGACACAAGUACACGUAGGAGGUCUUCAAUUCGCCGCACAAGUAAUGAGAGUGUUGAACCUUCUACAGUAACGCCAAUGGAUGGUCAGAAAGCAGAAGACACAAGUAUACGUAGGAGGUCUUCAAUUCGCCGCACAAGUAAUGCUAGAGUUGAAUCUUCUACUAUGGGUGGUCAGAAAGCAGAAGACAGAAGCACACCUAGGAGGUCUUCAAUCCGCCGCACAAGUAAUGCUAGUGAGGAACCAUUUACAGUUACGAAAAUGGGUGGUCAGAAAGCAGAAGACACAAGUACACGUAGGAGGUCUUCAGUUCGCCGCACGAGUAAUGCUAGUGUUGAACCUUCUACAGUUACGCCAGUGGGUGGUCAGAAAGCAGAAGAUACAAGUACGCCUAGAAGGCCUUCAAUUCACCGCACAAGUAAUGCUAGUGUUGAACCUUCUACACAUACGCCAGUGGGUGGUCAGAAAGCAGAAGACACAAGUACACCUAGGAGGUCGUCAAUUCGCCGCACAAGUAAUGCUAGUGUUGAACCUUCUACAAUUACUCCAAUGGGUGGUCAGAAAGCAGAAGAUACAAGUACUCCUUUGUCUUCAAUUAGCCAUACAAGUAUUGCUAGUGUUGAACCUUGUACAGAUACGCCAAUGGAUGGUCAGAAAGCAGAAGACACAAGUACUCCUAGGAGGUCUUCAAUUCGCCGCACUAGUAUUGCUAGUGUUGAACCUUCUACAGUUACUUCAAUGGGUGAUCAGAAAGCAGUAGACACAAGUACACCUAGGUCUUCAGUUAGCCGCACAAGUAUUGCUAAUGAGGAACCUUCUACAGUUACACCAAUGAAUGUUCAGAAAGCAGUAGACACAAGUACACGUAGGUCUUCAAUUCGCCAUACAAGUAUUGCUAGUGAGGAACCUUCUACAGUUACACUAAUGAAUGGUCAGGAAGCAGAAGACAUAAGUACACCUAGGUCUUCAAUGCGCUGCACAAGUAUUGCUAAUGAGGAACCUUCUACAAUUACACCUAUGGGUGGUCAGAAAGCAGAAGACAUAAGUACUCCUAGGAGAUUUUCAAUUUGCUGCGCAAGUAAUGCUAGUGUUGAACAAUCUACACCAAUGGGUGAUCAGAAAGGAGAAGACACAAGUACACGUAGGUCUUCAAUUAGCCACACAAGUAAUACUAAUGAGGAACCAUCUACAGUUACACCAAUGGGUGAUCAGAAAGAAGACACAUGUACACCUAGCAGGUCUUCAAUUCGCCGCACAAGCAAUGCUAGUGUUGACCCUACGACAGUUACGCCAAUGGGUGGUCAGGAACCAGAAACGACAUUAAUUGAGUCAAAUGAGAUAUCAGAAGACAACCCAUUCAACACAUUAAUGGAUACAAGUACAUCAAAGAGGUCUUCAAUUCGCCGCAGAACUAUUGCUAGUGUUGAACCUUCUACAAUUAUGCCAAGUACACCUAGGAGGUUUACAAUGUGUUGCACAAGUAUUGCUAGUGUUGAACCUUCUACAGUUACGCCAAUAGGUGACCAGAAAGGAGAAGACACAAUUACACCUAAGUCUUCAGUUAGCCGCACAAGUAAUGGUAAUGAGGAACCUUCUACAGUUACUCAAUUGAAUCAGGAAGGAGAAGACACAAGUACACCUAGCAGGUCUUCAAUUCGCCGCACAAGCAAUGAUAGUGUUGACCCUACGACAGUUACGCCAAUGGGUGGUCAGGAACCAGAAAAGUCAUUAACUGAGUCAAAUGAGAUAUCAGAAGACAACCCAUUCAACACAUUAAUGGAUACAAGUACAUCAACGUCUUCAAUUCGCCGCAGAACUAUAGCUAGUGUUGAACCUUCUACAAGUAUGCCAAGUACACCUAGGAGGUUUACAAUGUGCUGCACAGGUAUUGCUAGUGUUGAACCUUCUACAGUUACGCCAAUGGGUGACCAGAAAGGAGAAGACACAAGUCCACCUAAGAGGUCUUCAAUUAGCCACACACAUAAUGCUAGUCAGGAAUCUUCUACAGUUACGCCAAUGGGUGAAGACACGAGUACACCUAGGUCUUCAGUUAGCCGGACAAGUAAUGCUUGUGAGGAACCUUCUACAGUUACUCAAGUGGAUUGUCAGAAAGCAGAAGACACAAGUAAACCUAGCAGGUCUUCAAUUCGCCGCACAAGCAAUGAUAGUGUUGACCCUACGACAGUUACGCCAAUGGGUGGUCAGAAACCAGAAAAGUCAUUAACUGAGUCAAAUGAGAUAUCAGAAGACAACCCAUUCAACAUAAUGAUGGACACAAGUACAUCAACGUCUUCAGUUCGCCGCAGAACUAUAGCUAGUGUUGAACCUUCUACAACUAUGCCAAGUACACCUAGGAGGUUUACAAUGUGCUGCACAAGUAUUGCUGGUGUUGAACCUUCUACAGUUACGCCAAUGAGUGGUCAGAAAGCAGAAGACACAAGUACACCUAGGUCUUCAGUUAGCCGAACAAGUAAUGCUAAUGAGGAAACGUCUACAGUUACACCAAAGGAUGGUCAAAAAGGAGAAGACACAAGUACACCUAAGUCUUCAAUUCGCCGCACAAGCAAUGAUAGUGCUGACCCUACGACAGUUACGCCAAUGGGUGGUCAGGAACCAGAAAAGUCAUUAACUGAGUCAAAUGAGAUAUCAGAAGACAACCCAUUCAACACAAUAAUGGACACAAGUACAUCAAAGUCUUCAAUUCGCCGCAGAACUAUAGCUAGUGUUGAACCUUCUACAACUAUGCCAAGUACACCUAGGAGGUUUACAAUGUGCUGCACAAGUAUUGCUGGUGUUGAACCUUCUACAGUUACGCCAAUGAGUGGUCAGAAAGCAGAAGACACAAGUACACCUAGGUCUUCAGUUAGCCGAACAAGUAAUGCUAAUGAGGAAACGUCUACAGUUACACCAAAGGAUGGUCAAAAAGGAGAAGACACAAGUACACCUAAGAGGUCUUCAGUUCACUGCACAAGUAAUGGUAGUGAGGAACCUUCUACAGUUACGCCAAUGGGUGAUCAGAAAGCAGAAGACACAAGCACACCUAUGAGGUCUUCAGUUCGCCGCAGAACUAUAGCUAGUGUUGAACCUUCUACAAUUAUGCCAAGUACACCUAGGAGGUUUACAAUUUGCUGCACAAAUAUUGCUAGUGUUGAAACGUCUACAGUUACGCCAAUGGGUGGUCAGAAAGCAGAAGACAAAAGUACAGCUACGACUUCAAUUCGCCGCACAAGCAAUGCUAGUGGUGGUCAGAAACCAGAAACGCCAGUAAUUGAUUCAAAUGAGAUAUCAAAAGACAACCCAUUCAAGAUAUUGAUGGACACAAGUACAUCUAGGUCUUCAAUUAGCAGCACAAGCCAUGCCAGUGAGGAACCUUCUACAGUUGCUCAAAUUGGUGGUCAGAAACCAGAAACGUCAGUAAUUGAUUCAAAUGAGAUAUCAGAAGACAACCCAUUCAAGAUAUUGAUGGACACAAGUACAUCUAGGUAA